AUGGAACCAAAUGUUGGUGAUAAGGAUCUUGUUGAAGAGCCAAAAGAGGGAAUGUCAUUUUCCUCAGUUGAGGAAGUAAGGGCAUACUAUAUUAAGUAUGCAAAACAAGUUGGUUUCGGAGUGACAAAGCGAAGUUCCAAAGUCGGAGAUGAUGGAAAAGUAAGAUAUUUCACCCCUGCUUGUGUCCGUCAAGGCACUUCUACGAGCAUAUCGUCGAAUAUUCUUAAACUGAGACCGAUGGAACACAAUGGAUGUAAAGCAAAGAUCAAUGCGAUAUUGGGUUCUGAAGGUGAAUUUUGCUUGACCCAUGUUAUCCUUGAGCACACUCAUGCUCUCAGUCUUGGAAAAGUAAGAUAUAUUAGAUGUCAUAAGAGAUUGGAUGAGUCAAUGAAGAGAAGAUUAGAAUACAAUGAUAUGGCUGACAUUCAAUUGAGCAAGAACUACAAUUCUUGCGUCGUUGAGGCAGGAGGGUAUGAGAAUUUGACGUUUGGAGAAAGAGAUGCACGUAAUUACAUACGUGAGGUUAGAUUACUUCAGCUUGGGUUAGGAGGAGCCGAAGCAUUACAAAACUACUUUGCUCGUAUGCAAGCACAAAAUGAUGGUUUCUAUUAUGUCAUGGACGUUGACAAUGAAACCAGACUACGCAAUGUAUUUUGGGCGGAUGCACGUAGUAGAGCUGCAUAUGAGUCGUUUGGUGAUGUUAUAACUUUCGAUACGACGUGUGUUUAUGACACAUUGACUCCUGAUGAAUUUAAGUGUUGUUGGCUACAAUUUCUUGAUAAUUUUGAUCUACAUGAUAAUCCUUGGCUUGAAUGGCUAUAUUCUGAGCGUCAUCUUUGGGUGCCAGCGUAUGUGAGGAACAAAUUUUGGGCAAGAAUGUCAAGUACCCAAAGAAGCGAAGGGAUGAAUGCGUUCUUUGAUGAUUAUGUCAAUUCAAAGACAACACUAAAACAGUUUGUAAAUCAGUAUGAUAAUGCACUUAGGCGCAAGAUUGAGAAUGAGCUUGCAGCUGACUUCAGUUCAUUCCACACACAAAUUCCGUGCAUAACUUUUUAUGGCAUUGAGCGGCAGUUCCAAGCAGCGUAUACAAAUGCAAAAUUUAAAGAAGUUCAAGAAGAGUUAAGAGGGUUGAUUUAUUGUUGCGCAUCAAUGAUUCGAAGUGAAAGAGGGAUGUUUACAUAUCAUGUGGCCGACGAGAUCCAAGUUAUGGAUGGGUUUAGGAAAAGUACAAAAUAUGUUGUUGAGUUUAAUGAGGAAGAGUGUGAAGCGAGUUGCACAUGUCAGUUAUUUGCUUUUAAGGAAAUUUUGUGUAGACAUGUCAUCCGUAUGUUGACACUCCAUAACAAAGAAGAGCUACCUGCAAAAUACUUUCUUGAUAGAUGGAGGAAGGACAUGAAACGAGAUUACACGCUUGUCCGAAGUAGCCGCGAUAAUCUGAGUCAUAGUUCAAAUGCACACCGAAUUAAUAAAUUGAACAAUGCUUUUUACGAGAUUUCUUCAAUUGCAGGCAUCUCAGAUGAAGGUUGUGCAAAGUUAAUGACUCAGUUAACUGCACGUAGUAAAGGUAGGCCAAUGUCUAAGAGGAAACAGUCCACGGUUGAGAAGGCAGUGAAUAGGUUGAAAGCAAGGAAGACUCAACGAGCUCAGCAGAAUAGGCACAUAAAUAGAACAGUUGUAGGAGAUUUUGGCUCACCUAGCUUGGCGGAGCGUGACUUUCCUAUAGCCUCGAUUGCUCAAUUGACUGUGAAUAAUUGGGGAAGCCUAAAGGAAGAUGAAGAUGAAAUUUUGAGGCGUGUGCUUCCAAGUGAAUAUUGUCAAGUACUCCACCAUAACGUGUCAAAUACAAAGGCACGUUGA